UUCUCUCAGCGGUAGCGCUUCUCCUCCGGGCGCACCAGAGCACCGACAUGACAUCACCCGCCACCGACCGGGGGAAGAAGGCGAACUCGUAGUGCGGAUGAACCAUGUUUUGAUGACUAGGCUACAAGACGACGUGUGCUCGGGACGGAAACAAUUAAUCCGUGAAUAGGCGAACUUUUCGAGUUGGACACGUCUUCAUAAUAGCCGCGGGGAAUACGCACUGCUUCGAUAACCCAGUAGCUGCCGAGUGGCCGAACUAUAACACGAUCUACAGUGGCGGAAUGUUCAACUCUCUCGGCGCAUUCUGGUUUCCAUUGUGCACAGCCUUGUCUCGCGUUCUGCGCGCACCCAGCGAGUAGAAGGCGGAGGAGGGACGUGCUUUUCUCAGGGUGCUUUCCUUGUCUAUGGACGACAGCGGUCCCCUCUCUCCAAAGGCAAAUGCUUUCAGUAUCGCCUCUCUGAUUUCAGCAGCAGAGCAAGUAGGACACUCGGCGUUUGAGCAACGAGGAACUGGCCUGGACAAGGCAGAGCUGCACAGCUGCAGUUCCUAUAAAAUGCACUACAGUACUGUCACCCGGGAAAUGGAAGCAAUAUCCAGUCCGUGGCUGACGCAGCUAUCCCAUUUUUGCGAUGUUGCAGCCUUCACGACGAGUAGUAUAAGCAACCUGAAUACGGCGGGGAGCUAUCAUCUGUCCCCCUCCCCUGGAGACCCGUACAGCCAACAUGAAGCUCACUUUGAGCCUUGCCCGGCGGCUCAGCACAACUACAACUACCCGGGCUCGAACCCGGGACAGGCGCAACAGAGCGACUCGGGGACGUCCAACUGCUCCUCUUCGUCCUCCAACUCUACACCCAACAACAAGUCCAUAGUGAAGAAAAAUCCUAAAGUGGCCAACAUUAACGUUCAGCUGGAGAUGAAAGCUUUAUGGGACGAGUUUAAUCAACUUGGGACGGAGAUGAUAGUUACCAAAGCUGGAAGGCGAAUGUUUCCAACUUUCCAAGUAAAAAUAUUUGGGAUGGAUCCCAUGGCAGACUACAUGCUCCUGAUGGACUUUCUACCGGUAGACGACAAACGAUACAGGUAUGCAUUCCACAGCUCUUCGUGGUUGGUGGCCGGUAAGGCGGACCCCGCCACCCCAGGGAGGGUGCACUACCACCCCGACUCCCCCGCCAAAGGCGCGCAGUGGAUGAAGCAAAUAGUCUCUUUCGAUAAACUCAAACUCACCAACAACCUACUGGAUGACAACGGCCAUAUCAUCCUGAACUCCAUGCAUCGAUACCAGCCAAGGUUCCACGUCGUUUACGUGGAUCCCCGCAAAGACAGUGAGAAAUACGCCGAGGAGAACUAUAAAACGUUCGUGUUCGAGGAGACGCGGUUCACGGCGGUCACCGCGUACCAGAACCACCGGAUCACACAGCUGAAGAUCGCCAGCAAUCCCUUCGCCAAGGGCUUCAGAGACUGUGACCCGGAGGAUUGGCCCAGGAAUCACAGGCCCGGCUCGCUGCCAAUAAUGAGUGCGUUUGCCAGAACGAGGAACCCAAUGUCAUCUCCCCCUCAGCAGAACGGCUCAGAGAAAGACGACAUCCGACGGGAUUACGACCGCGACCCCACCGGCACGCCCAUCCACGGCGACUCCGCCCACCAGCUGAUGUCCCGGGUCCUCAGCCCGGCGCUCCCCGUGCCCGGGGGUCUCCACUCCGUCCCCCUCAGCGGCAGCCGACCCAGCCCCCCGCCGCCCCACGACCUGCGGGCCGACCCCCACCCGCUGUCCCCGGACACGCUGCAUCACCACCCGUACAAGUACCCCACAACGUACGAACACUACCUCGGCGCCAAGGCCCGGCCCUCGCCGUACCAGCUGCCGGGCAUCCGGGGGCACACGUACCACCACCACCACCACAUGAACCCCGCCACGGCCAACAUGUACUCUGCCACGAGCGCCCCGGCCAAUUACGACUACGGGCCGCGGUAGUGCCGGGGGCGGCGGCGUCUGUAGCAUCUGGACUAGCUUCACCAGCGCCACCCCUGGAAAUACAAACAAGAUCAGCACGUCUCUCUGUCUGUGUGUGCGCUGUUGCAACAUCUGGGGCGUGUUCGUAUCAGCAUUUCUC